GCAUGGCUCCCAAGGACCACGAACAUUCUCAAAUCAUGCUUUCAAUGAUGCCGGGGACCUUGAUGGUGUCUACAGUAAUUUCAGUGAGUGUUUUUCGAUGUUGGAGCUGUGUUCGCGUUAUCGUUCGCUGCCAGUCGCCUACGAUUGUCGCCCAGUCAACCCCCAAACAUCCGGAAAAGCGGAUUUGCCAAACAAUGGAAGCUCGGAACUAUUUCGCAUGGUCCAUUCGAAUUAUUUACUUUCUAAAAAAUUUGCUGCACUACACGACACGACACGACACGACACGACACGAAUCUCAGAUAGUACACGCGUAAGAGCAUCUUCUUCGCAUCCGAGGGUUUGUUUGUUAUUGCGCUCCCAAGAGCUUGGCUUGGCUCCGUUGAGCCCUUCACACGAUGACAGACUUUAGCUCCCUUGGUCAGAUGAAAGCAACCAAACGAUUGUCUCCGACGAAACCUUUAAUGAUCAAUACAAAUUGUCGUCAAGGAGUACGAGACGUUGAUCUCGAGAAGCAUGGAUACGAUUACGAUGAUGACUCCGACGACGAAUCAGACUAUUCGUCAUAUACCGCCUCGCCCGUCUCAUCUCGAGAGACUUCUGCGUCCUAUUCUUCUCAAAGACCAAUGCUACGGAGGAGAUCCAUCGCUGAUCAUCGCCCCUCGAAGUACAGGCUACCGAAUAAGAUAAUCCGAUACUUGUGCCUGGCACUAAUAUCAACACUGGUCAUUUUCAUGCUGAGCUUGAUCCGUAUGAGCAUCGUCUCGUCAAGAAGAGUUGAAGUUGGAGACUUCGGGGAACGCCCAGCCCCACCCCCACCAACCUGGCAGUCCUUUGAAUUUCUGUCAAGGUACUAUGGAGGUAUACGGACUUUGGUGCCUCUAUCGGAGAACAUCCCCGAAUACCCUUCACCGGAAGAUGAGCCACCUAUCACCAACGAUACUUCGACCAUACCUGUCCGGGAAAUUCCCAGCAGUCGGCCAUAUGACGCGUAUCAAAACCAGACAUCCAAAGCAUACCUUAGUGAGCAUGCCCCGGCCCACGAAUGUUUCCUUGAUGCACAUUCUACCUUGCGAGUCCCCCCACUACAGCAUUAUCAGGGACGGCCUAGCGGGUUUCCAGAUAAUGUGAUGGGUUCUUAUGAACUACUCGGUCUUCCCGAGGACGUGUGUUUUGAGCGGUAUGGUCGACUCGGACCGUACGGUUAUGGUUAUGCCCUGAAAUACGGUGGUACUGGUACCGGCCUACAUGGAGACGUGGAAGGAUCCGAGAGUGUUUGGGAAUCAGAUGGCGUCGACAUUCAAGUUGAUUACAGAGAUAUCGACUGGGCCGAGGCACAGAAGCGGUGCUAUACGGCCAACUCUGAGAGGUUUGAGCCGAAGACAGCUUACAAUGAACCCCCGACAACGUUCUCUGUUCUUGGCGGCGAUAGGAAGGUUAUUGUGAAGCGAGAUGACCAUGCAAAUUAUUCCAAUUCGAGCAUGCAGACGGGGAUCCCGAAGAACUAUUUGCCACGGACGGCAGUUGUCAUCCGGUCCUGGGACGAUUUCCAGUAUCGAGAAGAGGAUAUCCUCCAUCUUAGAGCAAUGAUUUCCGAGCUUUCUCUUGGCUCUGGCGGCGAGUAUGAUGUCCAUUUGGUGGUCCAAGUCAGGGAUGAAGGGAAGCAUCCAAUCUGGGCCGAUGCCGACACUUACCAAGAACACAUCCGACAAUCGGUACCCAAGGAAUUCUGGGGUAUUACCACACUGUGGAGUGAAACCCAGAUGCUCAACUUGUAUCAAGGCAUGUUUGAUACCUUCAUUAGGGAUUUGCCGGUACAUGGCUCGUAUCGAGGACUACAGAUGGCCAUGCAACACUUCGCCCACAUCCAUCCCGAAUAUGACUACUUCUGGCACUGGGAGAUUGAUAUCCGAUAUACUGGACACUACUACAAUUUCUUCUCACAAGUCGACUCUUGGGCGAAGAAACAGCCGCGCAAAGGUCUCUGGGAGAGGAACAGCAGAUUCUACGUUCCUUCUGUUCAUGGAUCCUGGGAGGACUUCAAGCAAAUGGUUCGAGUUCAGACCGAGAUGGGGACAGAUAAUGCGGAAAACAUCUGGUCGGGUAUCAAAGGAGCGAAGACCACCGAGCGUAAAGGUGACAAGCCUAUCUGGGGCCCAGAAAGACCACAAGAUCCAGAGGAUUGGUUCGAAAUCGAGGACGAUCCAACACCGCCGACAACAUAUGACAAAGACAAGUAUAAAUGGGGAGUUGAUGAAGAAGCUGACUUGAUCACGUUCAACCCCCUGUUUGACCCGGAAGGCACAAGCUGGUUUCUCGCAAAGGAUAUCACGGGUUACAAUGCCAGUGAGGGCCUCCCCCCACGACGUGCAGCCAUCGUGAGUGCUUCGAGGAUGUCAAAGCGUUUACUACGUACCAUGCAUCGAGAGACUGCUUUCAAGAAACAUCAUGCGUUUUCAGAGAUGUGGGCUCCCACAACGGCAUUACACCACGGUUACAAGGCCGUGUAUGUUCCACAUCCGAUGUUUGUCGACAGGGAGUGGCCAACAGCAUAUCUUGCCGGAGUAAUGAAUUCGGGGAGGAAUGGAGCUACUGGUGGGUCGAGGACAAGUGUCUUCGGUGAACGAGAGCAUAAUCUUAUGGGCAUGACAUGGUAUUACAACGCUGGCUUCGCUCCUAACCUGUGGAAAAGGUGGUUAGGAUUGAAGGUCAACAACGAAGGAGGAGAGGAAUUCGAGUUGACUGUGGACGAAGGCAGAAGUGGAAAGGGUGUGAAUCAGAUGAGAGGAGGGGAGGGGAGGAUGUGCCUACCACCUAUGCUCAUACACCCCGUCAAGAGCGUGGAGAUCCCGGUAGAGGGUCUGUCCGAGGACGAAGAGGAGAUUCCAGAGAGCGAUCCGGCUGCUUGAUUUUCUCCGGAUGAUUUGUUUUGCGUUGGCGUUGGGGCGGUUGUGAAUUGGGAUAC